AUGUGGGAGGCUUUGAAAGAUCCUACUAUUAUAAUCCUUUUAGUGUGUGCAGCAUUUUCACUUGGAUUUGGCAUAAAAGAAAAUGGGCUGAAAGAAGGGUGGCAUGAUGGAAGAAGCAUAUUUGCUGCUGUCUUUCUAGUCAUAGCAGUCUCAGCCAGAAGUAAUUUCAAGCAGAAUAGGCAAUUUCUCAAAUUAUCUAAAGUUAGCAACAAUAUCCUAAUUGACGUUGUGAGAAAUGGCAGGCGGCAACAAGUUUCGAUUUUUGAAAUUGUUGUUGGAGAUGUUGUUUGCUUGAAGAUUGGAGACCAGGUUCCAGCUGAUGGGUUGUUCAUAGAUGGUCACUCGCUACAAGUUGAUGAAUCAAGCAUGACAGGCGAAAGUGAAAAUGUAGGGGUAAAUUUCACUCAAAAUCCAUUCUUGUUUUCCGGUACCAAGGUGGCUGAUGGGUUUGGCCGAAUGCUUGUCACAUCGGUUGGCAUGAACACAACAUGGGGUGAGAUGAUGAGCACAAUCAGCAGCGACACCAGUGAGCAGACGCCUUUACAAGUCCGUCUCAACAAGCUAACCUCGGCCAUAGGUAAGGUUGGUUUGGUUGUUGCUUUCCUAGUUCUUGUAGUGUUGUUGGUUCGCUACUUCACAGGGAAUACAAAAGAUACGAAUGGAAAUACUGAGUUCAACGGAAGCAAGACAAAAGUUGAUGCUAUCAUCAAUUCUUGUGUGGGGAUUGUAGCUGCUGCAGUAACUAUUGUUGUUGUUGCGAUUCCUGAAGGCUUGCCAUUGGCUGUCACAGUUACUUUGGCUUAUUCGAUGAAGAGAAUGAUGGCUGAUCAGGCAAUGGUACGAAAGCUCUCUGCUUGUGAAACAAUGGGUUCUGCCACCGUCAUAUGUACUGACAAAACCGGGACCCUCACACUCAACCAGAUGAAG